AUGGAGGACACGGCGGCGCUGCGGCGCGAGCUCCAGCAGCUCUCGCCCGCGCAGCUCCGGGAGUUGCUGAGCGCCAGUGGCCAUGGCCAGCUGCUGCGCGACGAGGCAGCAGAGGAGGAGGAGAAAAAGAAGAUCGCGGUCGUGGACGAGCAGCUCGUGGCGGCUGCGAAGGACGAGGGCAACGCCUUCUUCCGCCAGGGCCAAAUGCAGGACGCCGUCGCCGCCUACUCUCGGUGCAUUGCAAUGGACCCGAGCAACGCUGUGUGCCUCUCGAACCGAGCUGCAGCCUACCUGAAGCUGAAGCAGUUUGAUCUUGCCGUCGCAGAUUGUUCCAAGGCUAUCGAGGUGGCUCCGACUAUAAAGCCUUUUAUGCGAAGAUCAGCCGCGUACGUUGCACUGCGGCAGUUUGGAAAAGCUGUUGACGACCUGAUUGCUGCGCUGGAGUUUGAGCCACGAAACAAGGAAUGCCGCACGAAGCUGCAAGUGAUUGUGGACACUGCUGCGGAGAGGCCUCAGCGAGCGGAUCCAACGGCCGAUGCGAAGCUGCGGGACGCAGGUUUCCGCGCUGCAGUGGCCCUUUCUGUUCGUGAGGGUUGGUCGAAGACUGCAGUGCGAGGCAACCCAGGCCCUGCCGCGGUGAACGGGCACACGCUUUUCCGAGGGAGGGAUGACCGCGUUUACUUGUUCGGCGGGAGGGCUGUGCGUGAGCAAAAGCCUGUAGUUUUUGUUCUGGACAAGAAGGAUGACUCAAGUUGGGAUACAGUGCCCACUCGAGGAACCGAUGUGCCGUCAUCUCGAGCGUGGCACUCGACCUCGGCUAUCGGCAGCAUGGACAGUGAAUGCUACUGCGUCUACGGUGGCGUUUCGUCCAAGGGGGAGGAUCCUAAUGUGCACUUGCUCGUACCAACUUCACCACGGGGUUUCCAAUGGCAACUGGCUCGUUGUUCGCAAGACCCAAAACAGGUCCCCGCUCCUCGGUCUGGCCAUGCAGCGGUAUCAGUAGCAGACGCAAAUGAAGAUCGGGCUGUCUACAUAUUUGGUGGAAGAACGAAGCAAGGCAUCACGGGAACGCAGCCGCAGCGACUUAUAGUCUUUGGAGGAAAUGGCCAGCUCAACGAUGAACGAAUGAAUGACACCUGGUUGUUUGACGUUGAGAAGAAGCGCUGGGCAUUGGUGCAAUGUUCUGGAGAUGUUCCGCCGCCGCGGUCUUAUCAUACAGCGCACACCAUCGGCGACUUUCUCUUCGUUAUUGGUGGACGAACUGUGGAGUUAGAGGACGACAGUGUGUACAUGCUAGACGUUAUCGCCUUAAAGUGGUCAAAAGUACCGAUCCCGACCGACCGAGCACUAACCCCUCGAGCGUGGCAUUCCAGCGUUCUCACGAAAGCUGGUAAAUUGUUCGUGCUGGGUGGAGGAACCUACCACGGCCCAUUGAAAGACGCCGCCACGCUGGACUUGAGUUACUUCAAGGACACCGCAGCUUCACAAAUCCGUACCACCGUAUAA